GUGAUCAGUAGUGAAAAGUGAGGGAAAUGCUUUAGGAUUCUCUGCAGUCGCCACUAAGCAAAUACCUAAAAGAUGUCGGACGCACUCUGCACUCGGCUGCAGCAACAAGUAGUUCUCUCCGGUACCGCACCUAGCUCCGAGUCUCUUGAUUUAGAUUGCGUCAUUGACGACAUCCUCUCACGGCUACCGGCCAAAUCGCUGCUCCGAUUCCGAUGUGUGUGCAAAGCAUGGCGGGCCUUGAUCUCCGAUCCUUAUUUCAUCAGAAAACACCUCAGCUGCAUCGACACCAAAAUCAGCACCAGCUACUCUCUCCUCAUCAAAGAACAAAUCUUCCGAUCCGCAGAGUACGAAGCAAUAUUGAAGUGUUUGAGCCAUGAUGGUCCUCUUCCAAGCAGAAGGCUUGAUUUUCUGGUCCUACCACAACCUUCCCUUUGGUCCCAACAUUUUUUUUCGGGGUUCGGUUAUGAUUCAACCAGUAAUGAUUACAAAGUAAUACUGGCUAGCCAUACAUCUAGUAAUGAAUUUGAUGUUGUUGUCUUUACGCUAAAAUCGGGUUCAUGGAGGAAGCUUGGAAGGCUCAACAGGUAUUCCGAGGUGAGUUGGGUGAGUUUGGCAGGAUGUUUAGUUAACGAAGCUCUGCAUUGGGUAUUGGAGGAAGAGGAUGAUAGGUUAAUCACUUCAAGAAUAGUGUCAUUUGAUUUAGCGGAGGAGAAAUUUUAUGAGAUUCCAUUACCCUUUCCUCCCAGUCCGGUAGAUAGGCCUACAUCCACUGCCGAAGUUGGAAUUCUUAAUAAUUGCCUAACUCUGUACUUUCAAACCAUGAGUUGCGAACCUGGGCGCAAUUUUAAGGUGUGGGUACUGAAGGACUAUGGAGUCAAGAAAUCUUGGAUUGAAGUCAUAAGCAUCCCUUCAGAGGUUCUAGAUGUUGAGUAUAUGUACAUGACAUGCAUUUCUGAGAAUGGUGAAGUUUUGAUGCGGCAUCCCCAGUCAGGCUCAUUGGCAUUAUAUAAUCCGAAAGAAAAGACAUCUAGGAUUGUCCUGGACUAUGGUGGUUGCUGGUAUCAUACUGCUACUUAUAUAGAAACUUUAGUUUCACCAUUAACCGGCAGUACUGGUGCAAGAAUGUGAGACCAACACAGCCAAGCACCUUUGCACUCCUUUUAUAUGAGAUGCUGAAGUCGCAUGCCGUGUCUAUGUUUUGCUCCUUCUGUAUGAGAUGCUGAAGUCUUAUGUCACGUUUAGGUUUUGCCCCUGCUCACUCAAUAUCUUCCAAUGCAAAUGAUUGUUAGAGUUAGAGGAAGUCAGGCGUGCCACUUUUAUGAUUCAAGUUCCAUCUCAACUGUUUGUAUUUGAGUCAUUACUUUUGAGGUGAAAACUGAAACUGAUUAGGACUCUGCGGAUUAAAUCUAACUUGUGCUAUAAACAUGACUCACAUUGGUAAGACUUUUGUAUGUGGUAUGCUUUUGCCUCUUUAUGUUGGGCUAUUUUCAUGCUUUUUAACCACACUAGAAUUGCUACUCAAAUUUUACAUUCUACUUGCCCCUAAGUUUUGGUGCAACUGCAUGACUUUUUGGAAUGCAGCAUGGUAAGCUUCAUUUUAUCUAUGUUAAUAAGAAAAAGAUAUUCAUUCCCCUAGAGUCAAGAUCACUUUGCUUAUUUCUUCCCAAACUUUCACUCUCCUUUUCUCUAGGUUUCACUUAUAAUGUUGCAAGUUUUAUAACUAUUUGCAAGACAGACUCCAGGUGCAUAUAAUAUUUGCAUCUAUUUGUUCUAUGACAAGAUGAUGUGCUCAUCCUUCCCACACAUAUAUCUAUAUAAGUAUAUAUAUUUAUAAACACACACACACACACACACACACACACACACACACACACACAUAUAUAUAUAUAUAUAUAUAUAUAAACACACACAUAUAUUGUACAUACCUCCAAUAAUAUGGAGUAUUUGCUAUCUCACCAAGCAUAAGUAACUCCUACUUUGGGACAUCCACGAGACAUGGCAAGGCCCAACCACGACAUCCAUCGUGUAGCCUUAUGUUCAAGCUACACCACGGUAUCCGGAAGUCGCAAAUCCGCCUCCGGGAAGCCACGUUCCCGCCCUUGCCAAGAUGCCCUCACAACUAGGCUUUCUAGACUAGAAUUGUGUGGUUGCUUAUCCCACAUCGAAAAACAUGUAAAGGAAGAGCAUUCCUUCAUCUAUAAAAGGAAUGCCUCCUCCCACAACUCAACACAUUCAUUCAUUCAUCCCAUUACAUCUCUUGUAAUCUUGUUACGCCGCAGGGCUCGACACACUAGUAUAGCUUUCAAGUGGACGUAGUCUCCCGCUCAUGCGGAGGCGAACCACUAUACAUCUUGUGUCACUCUCUCUCUCUCUCUCUCUCUCUAAAGCUAACUAGAGAUCCCACGGAUCACUAACGUUAACAUUGGCGCCGUCUGUGGGAAGCCUGCACACAAAGGCUUCAUCACCUACCACGAGCUUUGGCCCAUCAGCGUCCGGUCAACGCCCAACAUGGCUGGUCAACGCCGGUCAACACGUGGUCAACGCCCAUAGAGUGGUCAAAACUUGCAGAAACACCAGCAUAUGGGGCGGUCAAUGCUUGGUCAAUGCCCGACGGGGUUGGUCAACUCCCGGCGGAGUCAGUCAACGCCCAUCAAAGGCCGGUCAACAUUUGGUCAACGCUGGUGAUCAGCGGUCAACGCCCAACUCAAAAAGUCUCCGCUGAACUUCAACACAAAAAAAAAAAAGAAAAAAAAAAGAAAAAAAAAAUUGGCAAAUCUUCUCUGGACACCCAGAGAUUUGCUCUGGACACCCCAGGGAUCUAGCAUGAGACUUUGGCGCUCUCAAUCAUCAUCGGGGCUGGCCACUGAUCUCGCUCAUGCCAUCACAACGGCAGCACCGCCAACACACCAGCACUAGCGGCACGAGUCAGCGUUCAUGCUCUUUGUUCAACGCUCAUGCCUUCUGUCCGCUCGCUGCCACCGCCAGCAGACCUACCGCCCAUCAUCGCCGACCACACCCAGCGGCUAAACCUCCGCUAGGCUCUGCCAGCGCCCGCCCACCAGCCUCCCAGCUCUAGGCAAGCAGCAGCCCUCCCCGCGGCACUCGGAGUCUCCGUCGAGCUCCGCUGACCAUCCUCAAUUCACCGCCAACCUUCUGCCAGCGGUACCACCACUCAGCGGCACUUGUUCCGCUCGUAUCCAUCAGCGGAAGAGCCAGACUUCAGUUAGCUCCUGAUCUUCCGUCGGCGUCAGCGAAGUGCUCCACUCAGCGGAGAAACUAAGUUCCAGUCAGUACUAAUAUUCCGCCGGACUGAGAUCCUCCGCCGGACUUCAACACCGGGGCAUCACCGCUGAACUUCUCCGCUAGGCACCGCCAAGGCUUCGCUGCCACCGCCUGCAUACCACUGCUUUCUUUUUUUGAUCGAUCGCAGCAAAACACCGCCUGCAUAUGUCCUCCAGCGGCCCCGAUACUGCAAACUGUUGAGUUCCAAGUACCGCCAAACUCGGAGCCUCCGCCGAGCACCUAAUCCUCCGCUCCGCUGCAGCUCCCUCCGCCCGGUGCUCCACCGCUUAGCCCAGCGAACUGCAGCAACUCCUCUUCACGCUCUACAAGGCUUCGUUGCAGCUCCGCCGGGGAAGCUCCGCUGCACUGCUGCGCGCCAAUCUCUGCACGCACCGCUGGGCACCGCCGGCGUCUCACUCCCUUGACAGCGAUCUCCACUGCAAGUUGCUCCGCUGCACACUCGCUGCACUGCUCCGCUGCAGCUCCCUCCGCCAACUUCGAAGUACCGCCGAACUCUCGCUGCUCCGCCGGCCUCUCGAGUCUCCGCCGAACUCUUCAGCCUUCCGCCACUGCUCUUGAGCAUCACAAUCGGCCAAACCUCCGCUGGCCAAGCCUUCCGCCACUGGUCACCUGUCGCACCCAACGUUCACUUCUGCUGGUCAUCCUGUAUUCACUUGCAGCCCUUGCUUUGAACGCUGGCUUCUUCACUUCUUCAUCGAUUCCACUUACAGCCGACGGGAUAAGAUAAGUCUUCUUUUAUUGGAUAUGCACGACACGUGCCUCCUACUUGCACAUAAUUGAAGCCAACAGGGGCAUAGCUAAAAUGCAAUGCCAUAUAUAUCCUUGUCUUCUGUGCACACGUAUAGCACAAGUGGGUCACUCACUAACAUGCUUCAUAUAUAUAGCACAUACUCAUCCAUAUCUAUUUGCAUGUCGGCCGCUACUUGGCCAUGCAUAUAUUACUAGCACACAUGCACAUGUGAUCAAAUUAAUCACACUCAUGAGGUGAAAUAAUCCAUUUGGUUACUUGGUCGGUUUAUAAAUAUGGAUAAAAUGCUAAUCAUUUCCUUCUGUUAAGGGG